AUGAUGGACACGUAUGAAAAACAAUAUAAAAUCCCCGAGGAUAUUUGUGCGUCGGCCUCCAGACCGGAUAUAUUUUUGUUUUCGCGAAUUUUAAAGCGCGUAGUGAUGAUAGAGCUUACGGUCUCUUGGGAAACCUACAUCCCCAAAGACCAUACCAUCAAGGUCAACAAAUAUUACGAGCUCACAAACGAACUCACUCGAAAUAGGUUCGUAGUAGAUUUGUACGCGGUAGAGGUGGGAGCGAGAGGCAUAACAGCGAAAUCUCUCUACAACCUACUAAAAGACUUGGGCUUGUCCAGAACUCAAAUUAAUGCAUUCUUGGAACGUACAUCGAAGGCAGCCCUGGUAGGUUCUUUUCAAAUUUGGUUAGGUAGGGAGAGAAGCUUGGACAUUGGAGGUGAGCGUAUAACGCGCGUUAGUUAA